GCCAGCCCUCCACUCUACUGUCUCGCUCAAGACGCUACACACUCCAUUGCCUCCUCGUGCCGUCUAUAAAUCCCGCGCCUACUCCCACCGCAAAAUCCGCAAGCAAGAUUGCAAGAACCAGCUGAAAUCACUCGACCAAGAACCAGUAGAACUUUUGGAGCCAAUGGCUUCUUCCAGUGCAUCUUUAGCAGUGACGCUGCUGGCGUUCGCGUUGAUGUUCCAGACCUGCCUCGCGGCGAGGAGGCUCACAGCGCUCGUGCAGGAGCCGGCCAUCACCAUGAAGUACCACAAGGGCGCGCUCCUGUCGGGCCGCAUCGCCGUCAACUUCAUCUGGUACGGCAACUUCUCCGCGCCGCAGCGCGCAGUGAUCACCGACUUCGUCUCGUCGCUGUCCGCGGCCCUGGCGGCGCCGCAGAUGCAGCCGCAGCCGUCCGUCGCCACCUGGUUCAAGACGGCGCGGAAAUACUACGCCAACUCCAAGGCGCGGUUCCCGGCCCUUCACCUGGGCUCCCACGUCCUUGACCAGUCUUACUCCCUCGGCAAGCGGCUCAAGGAGAGGGACCUCCUCAGGCUCGCCGCCCGCGGCGCGCCGAGCCAUGCCAUCAACGUGGUGCUCACGGCCGACGAUGUCGCUGUGGAUGGCUUCUGCAUGAGCCGAUGCGGCACGCACGGCGCGUCCCCGCGGUCCCGCUCUGGCCGAUUCGCGUACGUGUGGGUCGGCAACCCGGCGUCGCAGUGCCCCGGCCAGUGCGCGUGGCCGUUCCACCAGCCUGUGUACGGCCCGCAGGCGCCGCCGCUCACGCCACCCAACGGCGACGUCGGGGUCGACGGCAUGGUGAUCUCCCUGGCGUCCAUGAUCGUCGGCACGGUCACCAACCCGUUCGGCAACGGCUUCUUCCAGGAGGGCUCCGCGGACGCGCCGCUGGAGGCCGCCACGGCGUGCGCCGGCGUGUACGGCAAGGGCGCGUAUCCCGGCUACGCGGGGUCGCUGCUGGUGGACCAGGCCAGCGGGGCCAGCUACAAUGCGAAUGGGGCCCACGGGAGGAAGUACCUGGUCCCCGCGCUCGUGGACCCGGACACGUCGUCGUGCGCCACCUUGGGAUAGAUUUCGUAGAGCGUAACUGCUCCACACUGUGGAGAGUGUUGGUGGAUUCUUUCAUUUGUUCGAUGAAAAACAUAUUAAUUUCACUCGAAUCUUGUUCGUAUGCUGUGAUUUUGCCAACAAUUUGUACGGUUCACCGAAAAAUGUCCCUGCAUAUUGGAAGUGGAACAUGAAUAAAAAUGCGUGAACGCGUAUGAGAGGAA